GCCAAGGCACGGGGUUGACGUCAACGGAGUCAGUGUGAGGGGGCCCCCAAGCAGGGUCUGGAAAAAAGGGGGAUGGGAUGUGGGUGUGAAGCGAUGCAGCCCCCCCAAAAGAAAUCGGGGUGAAACAGAAAUACCUACUAUUGAUGCCCCAAUGCAAAAUCUAAGAAGAAAAGGGAAAAAGGACGAGAAUAUAUUUGUCUAAAAACGGGAAAAAGGAAAAAAAAACCGUGAAAAAUCGAGGCAAAAACAAAUACGUUGAGGUCUAACCACGAACGAUAAAGGUGGAAGAAAGGAAUUUUCUGCCUGCAAAACCCAAGCACUAAGCUAAUUUCCUUAAUAAACGAAGAGCGAUUGGAAACCACCAAGUGACAGACAAAGGCAAACCAAAAAAAAAAAAAAAAAAAAAGGGAGGGGGGCAAAAGAGAUCGCAAGUCACAGGACAAUACUAAUGGCUGGAAGAAUCAUGACUUGACUCGGCACAGAGAACCGCCAACCUGAGAUACCCGGUGAAGGCGGUUUAUGGCAGUGCGCGGAAUCGCAUGCUGUCAGCCAGCGUUGCACGAAUCCACCGCAUAGAAUAGCAAGAAAUCGCAAGGGGAGUGAGCGGGUAGAUUACCAAGCCUGCCUCUGAUAGAAGAGAUUCCUGUCUCCGGGAGAAAUAACGGGGGUAUCGCUGCCGUAAAGGACUCAGAUCGCGAUAGAUUCAAUGAAAUAAAACCGCGUUGCUGAAGUGCGUAGAAACGGAAUGUUGUUGCUUCCAAGUGUACAGUGACCUUUUCCUGAGGCAGUCCGACCUGUGACACCACAACAGGCAGAAAGAAGGCUCCAGCGGAGGAGAACUCAGCUCUUCCCUACCGAGUCUGGCGCUGAAGACAUUCGAGGAGAUGUAAAGUAAUGCUAGCAGAAGAGAGCUUCAAUCGGAUCUACAGCAGGUGAUGCCAUCUGGUCCAGGGUCUCUCUUGUCUUGCAUUGUGGACCUUUCAUCACUGGAGAAUUCUUUGCCUUUUUUGACACUGGACUCUUGUUCUUGGUGCAACUCGGGAGUCCCCAACCACCUGGAAGAACUCUAACAGGAAAGGAAAGAAAAACAAAGGCUCAACUGAAGCUUAAUAACCUGAGUGACGCUACUUCUGCCGUCAUCAUCGGGUCUGCGUGUUUCCUGUUAUAACUGAGGAUCAUCCUGCACUACAGAACAAAAAGGAGGAAAAGAACCUUAAGGACCGCGUUUCCAGAAUCUGCAAUCCAAAAGGCCAGCACCAGAGGCGACCUCUCCCAGCCUCAUAUCUUCCUAACUGCCGCAUUUGCGAGAGAGACUAGAAUUUGACCAGAGCUUGCAUUACCUCAGCAUCAUCAGAGCAUCAGAGGAGACAGUGCAACUGCUACCACAUUUGACUUCAGACCACACCUGUUUCCUUCACGAAGAAAAAUGGCUCCUAUAAAGAUACACGGCUUAGUCCAAAUCCGAAGCAAGAACCGGAACAGGCACACCCGGGCUUCUCAGUGGAAAGAAGCAGUCAUAGAAAUAGUGGAGAGGAAGCAGAAGGUUACCAUGGUGUUUUCCUUCAAGCUAGAAAAAAGGAAGAGGGUGUUUCAGCUGGGCAACAAUGUUGCGGGUGUAGUGGUUAGCUGCUGUGAGGUGGGGUUGCACUGUCUGUAUUUAACCUUGAAAGGUGACACUUCUUUACUGAUUGACAAGCUAUCCUCUGAGGAUAUUGAACAACUGAAGGCAUUCCUGGAUUUGGCUCAUCUGUCUGAUUCCCAAGACCCUGAUGAUCCCCAGGGGUGUCAGGAUUUUCUCGAAAGCAGGCAUGCAUUUUGCAGGAAGCACCAGGAACCACUUUGUGGUUCCUUGAAUACCGCACAAGAGAGGGAGACACCACUCCCCACGAAGACACCACUCUCGAUGUCCAGAUCCACCAGCAGGCAGGUCAAAAAAGAGAGAGUGGAGAAAGAGAUCAAGAAGAGGAAGAGGAUCUCAACGCCCAGUGUGGAAGUGGAUGAAGACAUCCUCACAGAAUAUAACCCUGAGCCACAAAAGAAGUACAAGGUCUGUACCCCCAGAAGCAGAAGGGGUAAAGGAGAGAAACCAAUGGCUUCAAGAGAGCAGGAGAAACAUAGCAACUGGAAGCUUGAAAAUUCACUGAUUGCCAGCUCCCGCAGGAAGACUAACUUCGACGACACUGUUCUUUCGGCACAAACACUUUCCGAUGAAAGAAGCGGAUCCAAGCUUAGCCAGGAGACACCAGCAUGCAACGAAAUCCAGCUUCCCCUCGACACUUACGCAAAGCAACUGAACCGUGAAGGCUUCCCCAAUUUAGGGAACACCUGCUACAUGAAUUCCAUUUUACAGUCUGUCUUUGGCAUUCCAACCUUCGCUAAGGACUUGCUCACACAAGGCAUCCCAUGGGAGAAAGUGUCCUGUGAUGAUCUUAUCAAGCCCUUGAGCCAACUUCUUGUCUUGAAAGAUAUCCGGGAUGUGGAGAUCAAGGGGCAGUUACUCAUGACCGUGAAGAAAUCAAUUUCGACAGUUGCAGACACAUUUCUGGGUGAUGAGCAGAAUGAUGCCCAUGAAUUUUUAAGUCAGUGUUUAGAGCAGUUGAAACUGAACAUGGAGAAGCUUAAUGCCAUGUGCAGUUCAGAGAGGGAAAAUGAAGCUGCCACUUCCAAAAGGUUUAUUUGUCCCGUGGCUGCUAAUUUUGAGAUAGAGCUGCAUAGCUCCAUUGUUUGUGAAGGCUGUGGGGAGGCUACUGUCAACACUGAAGUGAGUAAUUAUCUCUCUGUCGACCUGCCCCAGGGGACAAAGGAUCACCCUCUAUCCAUUCAGAAGUCUCUCGAUCUUUUCUUCACACCUGAAAAAAUUGAGCACAAUUGUGAGAAUUGCAAGAACAAGAAUUCUGUGCUCCGGUACACCUGGAGGAGGCUCCCCAGGGUCCUUAUCGUCCAUCUGAAACGCUACCACUUUACCUCCAACAGGAUGUUGGUGAAGAGUCAGCAACCAGUGGAGAUUUCUAAGUUCCUAAAUGUAUCUACCCACUGCAACGAAAACACGAAGCCACCAUUUCCGGUGACCAAUAAGGCCCCCAACGAAGAGUACGAUGUCUCAAAUUCCUCUGAAGGCACAAUGCAUGAGAUCUUCGGCCACUCAAUACCAUCGAUGCAGCCAACUUCGGUAUCCAUCGAUUUCACGGUUCUCCAGGUUGGCUCCAAUGAGGAUUCCGACGUGCAAAACUUCCAGAUAAUGUGUGACGACCAGCAGCAGCUAGGCCUGGAGGGUGUUUCUGGAAUAGAUCCAGAGCUACUGAAGACGGAAAAAUGGAUGCUGUGUGAAAACGCGUCCCCAACAUGGGACUCGAUCAUCUGCGAGCCUAUCAGCUUCCAAGACCUAGGCCUUAGAGAGAAGGGUCUUCAGAAGCUACCCGAGAAUCCAGAAGUUCAGAAUUAUAAGAAAAUUAACGUCUAUGGAAAUCCAAACCAUCACACUAUCAUUGAGAUAUGCAACAAUUUUUGCGAUCUCAAAGAACAAAGGUUUCUGGAAAGCACUCAAGACAUAGGCAAACAGUUCCUCCAACAUCAUGGGAAGAGAAUCCAGAAGGAGUUACUUCCUUGGGCAUUACCUCAAAGUGUCAGAGGUACUCAGGGAGACACAGGGAGGAACCUGAGUAGGUAUGCAGAAAUGAUAGAUCCGAAAGGCGACGCCAGUUCCUUGGGUGCAUCCGGGUACCCAGGAAAUAGCAAAGUUGCGGGGAGCGACAACCCCGAUGCCGCCGGUGAAUCAAACGCGGCAAUGGAAGAUGAUCCUCAGAGCUACAGGCUUGUCGGUGUGGUCAGCCAUUUUGGGAGCUCCCAAGAUUCAGGCCAUUAUGUAAGCGAUGUGUAUGACUUUCAGAGGCAGGCCUGGCUCCUGUACAGUGAUGUCCAGGUGUUCGAGAUCCCAGAGGCCUUGAUUCAAGAGAAUCGGCUUCACACUGGAUACAUUUUCUUUUACAUGCAAAACGAGAUUUUUGAGUGGCUGCUGAAGAAGGCAUCGGAGUGCAGGUUACUGAGCACACCUAAGGAUGAAAAGAAGACCAUGGAUCUUUUCUCCACACUGCUUAAUGGCUUUACAUACCUUCUAGAAGAAUCGUAAAAUCUACCCACGAGAAUCACAAAACUCAAGAUGAAAAGUCUGCCAAAAAACCCACACAAAAAACAAAAAACAAAACAAAACAACAAAAAAACCACAAAAAACAAAAAAACCAAAAAAAAGAAAGAAAAAACAAAAC